AUGAACUCGGGGGCACAGGACGCGGUACAAACGGGGUACACCAAAAGGCACAGGCUGCCUGCAGAAUCCCAGCGGUUGGUCUUCGUCAGUGAUGUUAGCUACGCCACCGUCUACCUCGUGCGACAUGCGCUCGCCGGCAUCGAGCGAGCAACGUGUUCGACCGAGCGGCUUGCUGUGCGGACGGCUUCUUGUGGCUCUCGUCGAGAGCGUUUUGCGGCCCGGCGGGUGGGAGAGCAUGUGUCGUCUGAUGUGUCACUGAAGACCGCCGUACGGCAAGAAGAGCUCGAUGGGGAGCGAGAACCGUCAGAGGUCGCGGAACUCGUUGAGUACUCGCAGCCUUUCUGCGCCUCCGUCUGGGCAUAUCGGCUGCUCGGCAAGAGCAGUCUUUCCGGAAGAUAUCGACGGUUUUCGAGAGCCACCCGCUUGGGAGCGAUUGAGCGCGUCACGGAGGACUUCAGACGACACAUAUUCUCCCACCCGCCGGGUCGCAAAACGCUCUCGACGAGAGCCACAAGAAGCCAUCCGCACAGCAAGCCGCUCGUCGGACAGGCGUGCUCGCUUGAUGUCGGCGAGCGCAUUGCGCACGCUUUGAACGGUGGCGAAGCCAAAAACACCGAUGGUGGCCGUCCGCCGGCGUAUGCGGCGGCGAUCGGUCCCUAA